AUGCAGUUCAGAAUACCGACCCUCAUCUUACUUCUGCGCGCCGUGAGCGCAGCGUCUCCUCAUCAUCAUGCCCAAAGGAAACCUAAAAUCGGGCACCCUCAACCAGCACCGGAAGAGUUUUGGUUCCAUGUAACUGUUAGUGCAUGCCUCGUGCUAGCUGGUGGUAUGUUUGCCGGGUUGACAUUAGGACUCAUGGGACUUGAUCAAUUACAUCUUCGAGUCUUGGCUCACUCUUCAGAGGAUCUCACGCAAAGACGGGACGCUCAGAAAGUCCUUAACCUGAUGCAAAGAGGCAAACACUGGGUACUCGUGAUCGUAAACGAGAGUCUUCCAAUAUUUUUGGACUCGGCGCUUGGUGGAGGAUAUACCGCCAUCGCAAUAUCAACAGUUUCCAUCGUAGACACUUCAAAAAGAAUCAUUCCACAAGCGGUCAGUGUUCGGUACGGUCUAUCAAUAGGUGCAAAAUGUGCACCGUUUGUCCUCGGAAUGAUGUUUCUUCUUUCUCCCGUCGCAUGGCCGAUCGCCAAACUGCUCGAUAUGGUCUUGGGGGCAAAUGAACAACAUACGUAUAAGAAAGCAGAGUUGAAGACGUUUCUCCAGUUCCACCGGACCGGCGACGAGCCUCUGCGGGAAGACGAAAUUAAUAUCCUUAAUGGAGUGCUGGAGCUCAACACGACAAGGGUGGAAAGCAUCAUGACACCCCUGAAGGAUACAGUGGUGCUGGCCUCUGACGAUAUUCUCGAUUAUCCGGCAGUGCUCAAAAUCCUACAGAGUGGAUAUUCACGAUUCCCGGUCCACGAGAAAGGGAACAAGUCUGCAUUUAUUGGACUUCUCCUUGUGAAAACGCUUUUAACUUACGAUCCCAAGGAAGCUUUGCCUGUAUCCGCUUUCCCACUAUCCAUUUUACCCGAGGCACCACCUUCCAUUAACUGCUUCCAAGCACUAGACUACUUCCAGACAGGAAGAGCGCACUUGAUUCUCAUUAGUCGCACACCUGGAAAAAUUGGUGGUGCCCUAGGCAUCAUAACACUGGAAGUUCAUGUUCGCUAUUUACAGGAAAUUAUUUCUGAAGAAAUUGUAGAUGAAACAGACAUGUACGAAGACAAUCAGAGCAAGAAACGGGCGCAUCGUCAGAUGACUACCAACAUACUUGGCAGGCGAGUAUUCUUUCUGUUCCCAUAA